AUGUCCGCCCUUCUCGGAUCAGCUUAUGACUCGAGUGACGAUGAGAAAGAUCCUGUGGCACGCCCUCCCUCUCAGAAACAGCCCGCCGUGGUGAACGCUGCGCCAGACGUAUCAACAGAGGAUGUGUCGCAAAUGCAGCUCAUGUUGGCGAACCCUUCCAGCAACGCACUCACCUAUAAUGUCACCUACGAUAACCUUGCCCGUCCGACCCAGGGGCCGUCAAAUCCCUUCAAGUCGACGGCCGGAAACGUCCUGAAGCGCAAGAACGUGCUCACCGGCAAUGCAGAGGAGACGUCCAUGUCGGAAGCUGCCUUCAAGACGCAGCACAGGACGUAUCAGAGUCUCGGCUACACCAAGGAUCCCUCGGUCAACGGGGCUUAUGUGGGCAACCAAUCCGCUGUCGCAAAGUAUGGCGGCAAAGACAUUGUCCAAUUGCGCUACUCCAAGGAAGAAAGCGCCGCGAUCCGCGCUAAGAGGCAGAAGAAGGGAGACAGCAGGGUCGUCGACGGUGAAGGCGCGUACCUUGGUCCCUGGGCCAAAUAUCAAAGCGACGACGUGUCGUAUGAGCAGGCUGAAGCCGCGGUGGACCAAGAACUGGCCUCGGACGAGGAGUGGGUGGAGGAGGGUAUCGUGCCCACGCCCCUGCCUGCGCCACCGAAGGAGGCCACUGCAUAUGCGGACGAUCUGAAUGGUGCAGAGACGACCGAGUUCCACGGGGCUUCAGAAUUCGACUAUCAAGGACGGACUUACAUGCACGUCCCGCAGGAUCUGGACAUCGACCUGCACAAAGAACCGGGCUCGAUACAGAAUUACGUGCCCAAGAAACUUAUUCACGUCUACAAGUACCACACCAAACCGAUCACCUCACUGCGGUUCAUCCCCAGAUCAUCGCACCUGCUCUUAUCCGGCUCCGCCGAUGCAAAACUCGCACUGUGGGAUGCCCAUCACGACCGGACACUCCUCCGCACAUUUUCAGGCCACAACAAGGCCAUUACAGACACCGAUUUCCACCCCACAGGACGAUCGUUCUUGUCAGCAUCGUAUGACCGUCAAAUGAAACUCUGGGAUACCGAGACCGGAAAAUGUAUAUCGCGGUUUACGACAGGUAAAACGCCACAUACCCUUCGUUUCCACCCGGAUGGCAACGAAUUCAUCGCCGGUAUGUCCGACAAAAAGAUUGUCCAAUUCGAUGUCCGGUCCGGUGAACUGACGCAAGAAUACGAUCACCAUCUCGGCCCCAUCAACACGCUCACGUUCGUCGACGAGGGGCGGAGGUUCAUCUCCACUUCCGACGACAAAUCCCUCCGUGCCUGGGAAUAUGGCAUUCCAGUACCCAUCAAGUUCAUUGCAGAUCCCUCCAUGUACGCCCUCGUACGCGCCGCACCGCACCCGUCUGGGAAAUUCGUCGCGUUCCAAUCUGCGGACAACCAGAUCGUGGUGUAUGCCGCGGGCGACAAGUUCCGACAGAACCGGAAGAAGGGGUUUCGAGGCAUGAACACGAGCGGGUACGCGAUUGACGUGGCCAUAUCUCCGGACGGCGGAAUCAUCUCCAGCGGCGAUUCCGGGGGGUUUGUGUGCUUCUGGGACUGGAAGACGGGAAAGAUGUGGCACAAGAUUCAAGCUGGAGGGGAAGGAAUGGGCGCCGUGACGUGCGUGGCCUGGCAUCAGCAGGAGAGCAGCAAAGUCGCGACAGGCGGACUGGACGGGAUGAUCAGAUACUGGGAUUGA